UAAAAAAGUUGAGAGCUAAGAACGGGUGAUUCUGUGGGUCCCACCUAUAGCAAUAGAAGCUGUUGUAAGAAGGGUAAUCACUAAACUCCUUCACCAUUCAUCAACGCUCCUAUUUUACUUUCCUUCUAAUCAUACACAUGGCAUACUAUUAGUAGCUCCUUGACAGACAAAACCUAUACAUGUUGGUAACUUUAUCAUAUUUACAGUCGUUGCGAGUCUUACCCUCUCCUUGCUCCCCUACUCAGCUACAAUACAUGGCGCGCACAAGUUAAAACCCAGAGCCUCACAACAACGUCCUUCACUACACUUACAGAGCUCAUUGACCUCCUUAAGCUACGAUAUUCCUUCACCAAUCACAUUCACCCUUCUUCAACUUCAUUUUCUCUCACUUCGAACUUUCAGUGGAAAAAUGUUCUACUCGCACCAGCUCCUUGCUCGUAAAGCUGCUCUAGGCCAAAUCUGGAUGGCUGCAACGAUGCAUGGGAAGAUUAAUAGAAGGAAGCUACACAAGAUCGACAUCAUCAAGAUCUGUGAUGAGAUAUUGAAUCCGUCGGUUCCCAUGGCCCUUAGGCUCUCUGGAAUUCUUAUGGGUGGUGUAGUGAUUGUGUACGAACGGAAAGUAAAACUGCUAUAUGAUGAUGUGACUCGUCUUCUGGUUGAAAUCAACCAAGCAUGGAAAGUGAAAGCUGUACCAGACCGUACUCUGCUCCCCAAAGGAAAAUCUCAAGCCAAGAAAGAAACUGUGACCCUGCCUGAGAACAAAGAUACAGAUGUUGGGGAUAUGGAGCAGCAGAUGCAUAAUUCUUUCAGCACCACAGUCGACAUGGAGUUCCAUCAAACAACCUAUUUUCCUAUGCGACUUGACAGUGUGGAUCCGACAUUUAUUAAUGGCAAUGCCGGAGAUGGAGAUCAAUCUGAACACUUCCAUCAAGCUGACCCAGAAAAUAUCACAAUAUUUGAGAAAUUUGAUCCACUUCAGGCUGAUGCAACUACCUACAAUCUUUACGAAAGAUUUGAUGUUGAAGGUGAUGAUGAGCCACAGGUCAACCUCACUUCGGGAACCCAAAUUCACACUACUCCUAUUCCCUCUCCACCCCUUCCAGACGAGCCUGAAAGAGCUUAUGAAAUUAAUCCAGAGCCCGAGCUUUAUCAGAACGAUGAAUCCAAGGAAAUUAACCAGGUUCAACAGAAUCAGGGGCCCAGAAACAAGAGAAGAAGAAAAUUAGGCGCCGUUAUCAUGGAUAAUGAACAAACUAUUGUUCCAGGUCAUGUAUACCAAUCCUGGCUUCAAAAUCCUUCGGAUAUCACUUUAAAAAGAGGAAGAGGAAGAAAUAGAAAGCGCACCGGUUUAGUGUCCAAUAUGAAGAUAGCUCAUCUCAUGGAGCUUCCUCCUACGGUACUUAUGGAUGAUUUAUUUAGGACCGGAAUCAGAGAGGUCUAUUAUCCGCGACCUCUGAUGGAGAUGUGGAUAAAAAGUGUCCAAAUUCCUCAAAAAUCACCAUCUGUGAGGACCUCGCCAGCUCUGUCUCCUGAAGCAAGAGUAUCUCUACCACCUGAAGGAAUAAAUUUUCAAGAUCCAACAGGAUUUGAGUUUCAAGAUUUUCAAAGUGGAGUUGGCUCUCGCCAGUCACUAAAUUCUUUCGAAAGACAACGAGCGGAUACUGUAAUUCUUAUGGACGAACUACGAGCUAAUCUUAUGAAGAAUGGAUCUGGGAAUACUGAAGCAAAUUUCAUGCGCACUCCUGUAUAUUCAGGCGAUGACGUGAGAUCCAUUCCAAGCUCAGUUUCUGGACAUACAAUUAUUUUGAAUAAUGUAGAAGUCAAUUCGGGACGGUCCAACAAGAAAAGGACUUAUUCUUCAUCCAGAAACAGCAACAAUGGACUUGAACCUGUAGCGGAAGAGAAUGCAUGGGAUAACCCAGAUCCCAAUUUCAAAUUACAAAGACUGUCUGAGAAUAAUGGCCCCACUCCAGAUUAUGAAUUACUGGUGGAAACUGGACCUACACAGACCCAGCUACCAGUAAACAAUCAACGGAUUGACAGAAUAACUGACUGUAUAAGCAUGCAAAUGAAGGCACAUUUUGAUACACCAGGCGCACCUCAAGUAGAAUCCUUGAACAAUCUAGCUACUGGAAUGAACCCCAAAGAAGCGGCUUUGCUCUUCUAUCAAACUUGUGUUCUAGCCAGUAAGGAUGUUCUAAGAGUCGAACAAAAGGUUCCGUACGGAGAUAUUUUCAUUUCCAAAGGAAGAAAAAUGUGAACUGAGGUGCAGUGAAUUUAGCACACGGAAGGUUUUACAACAUAUUACCUAUGUCACAGCUAAUACUAUUGGGAGUAACUAGUUUAUAUGUUAGAUAUAUUUUGUCCUUUUAAUCUACUAAGGGUCAUAGAUUUCACGUAAUUCUCCUACUCAUUAUCAGAACAGGAGAAAGUAAAAAGUGUCCGUCUUGCUUAAUAUUCUCUGUUUAUAAAUUGUUCUUAAUUAGAAUCACAGAGCAAGUUUCUUAUUAGCCUAAUUUGUUUAUAGGGUGCUUGCUAUUGUUGUUGUCAAUUACAUAUAAUAUUUUCCAUUAUGACGUAUGAAUUCUACUACUCUUCAUAUUAUCUACGUAGCAUCAUGUAACAAACUGGCUAUAUAAUACCAUCGUAGAAAGUUUUAUCAAUUGCUUACCUGACUGUAUGUGAUUAUCAAUUUCUUUUCCUUUA